AUGGAUGAGCAAAACUCCCAGGAGCUGAUCCAGGCCGUGCAGACACUCACACGGAAGGUCAAACGGAUUGUUCCAGACAAUGAAAAGGAUGACCGGUACUGGGAGAAACGGAAGCGGAACAACAUGGCCGCCAAGCGAUCGCGGGAAAAUAAGCGAUUUGCUGAAAUGAGUGUCCGCCGUAAAAUGAGACUGUUGGAAGAAGAAAAUUACAUUUUGCGAAAAGAAAUCUCUGUGAUUAAAUCCAGGUACGGGGUCCCCGUGGACCAAGAAUUCCUGUCUGAGCAGGAAAAGGCCCAGUGUCGGUCAGAGGUUCAUUCGGAUGGCAAGGUGCCAUACGACGGUGUCACCAGUCGAACAGACGAAGUCUCGUCCCCAGUGUCCACCACCUCGGCAUCUGUAUCUACAUCUCCGCACAGGGUCACCCCUGAAUUACAGUACCAAGCCAACUACCCAGCAGAGUACCCCCCGCCGAAGCCGGAACCUAUGGAGCGGGAAACGCUGGAGGAGAGUUAUCCGCCAAGAAAGAGAAUGACAGUUUCCGGGCGGCGCCCGGUUCGCCGGUCUCAGGUUCCCCAGACGCUCUUCUAUGGCAGUUCGUAUGGGGCCCAACUCAUGUGGACGUCUGCGCGAAGUCUGAAUCUUGGUCCAUUAGCAGGGAACAUGCAGCAGCUUUACCACGAAUACUCGUUAAACAAUGAACCUGUUGAUUUCGUCGGCGAUGAACACCCUUUGUCCCACCCUGGCCACACGUCUUUGUAUCCGUCGGGUGUCCCUCGGCCAAACUGUGUGAGGCCUAUGGAAUAUUCCCAAGGAUACAAAGCUCCUGUUGACUAUACUCCCGUCAGUUAUGACAUUGUUCCCACGGAUCUUUCUCCACUCAGGGAUAGAUACCCUGACGAAAGUACAGCAUCAAGAGAGAAACACGCUGAGGAUGAUACCGUUGCUCAACCGAAAGAACAAUCGUCUGGAAAUUACGAUGUCAUCCGGAAGCGCCGUCCGUCGGAUGAGUACGUCUACGGUUAUUCUGCCAAUUGUGAUCCAGGGCUGAGGCACCAUGAGAGCAGCGGUCAGUCUAGUGCUGUCCACAGUCCAUCCUUCACGCACUCACCACCGGGUCAUUGGCAGGAGUCCAACCGAUCUUCACAGGAUGUUCCCUAUGUUAGUCGGUCGGACGCGUGCUACUUUGACCAUCGGUCAACCCACCACGAUGAUACCGGACGAGCGGCAAGCUCAUAUUCCCAGCAGCUACCACAAGCGGAAGAAAGCUAUGAGCUCCGGCGGGAAAAUGAAGAGUUAAAAGUCCGCAUCCGGCAACUGUUCUCACAAGUCUCCAAAAUGAAGGACAUCGUCUUACCGGAUUGA